GGGUGGUAAGGCUGCCGUGAAUAUGGCUUGUCUACUCGUGUCACUGGGAAAGACGCACGCUUUGCGCUGCCACAUGGGUAUCUAACACCCUUGGAGGGCUGCUCGUUUCCAGCCUUACGUUAUCCAGCGGAUGUCAGUCUCCGAAACAGAAGCUCGCGGUUGAGACGCUUUGGAAUCGCUUUUUCGCAGCGUUGAAAUGUUGCAGGAAGCUGCAGUUGUUAGAAUUCAGAGCCGUCUGUUGUCAGUGUCCGUUGGUAAGGACGCAAAUGCGAGGGCUCCUUCUGAAUCCUCAUUCUGGCUGUGGAAAGCCCAACUGGAUUGCCAGGCCGUGUAUCUUAAGCGAUGCCUACUUGUAAGAAGUGGGUGUGAAUGUCUCGAGUACACAGUUUGUAGUGAGUUGACUUUCUGUCAAGAUAGCAGAAUUUUAGCUCGAUUAUUGGCAAAAGUAGAUGUUGAUUGGCGCAAAUCUGUAGUGCCCUGUACAUAGAGUGUCAGUACUGCGCGUGAACCCAUUUGGGAAAGAAUUGAGUUAAAGCAAUGGCAGUGCAGGCGGUGGCCACAGCCCGCCAAUCUGUGAGCCUCUACCCCUCUCUUCAUUUACAAUUUAAUUGCGAAAUUGAAGCUCAUGGUAAGGGCCUCCAAGGUGAUCUCAGGGAUUUCAAAUUUCCACAAUUGAGCACCUCGAGAAGAGAAAGGAGAAAUAGACAUUGCUGUCCAAGACUCAUUAGGGCGGCUGUAAGCGGCAAUGCAAUAUCCACAUCAGGCGCCUCGAGGAAGUUGAGUGAUACACCCGAAAUUCCCAAGACGGAUGUCGUCGUAAUCGGAGCUGGGAUUGGAGGUCUCUGUUGCGCAGCUCUGCUUGCGAAAUACGGAUACAAGGUGGUGGUCUGUGAAAGUCAUGACAUAGCCGGAGGAGCAGGACAUGCCUUUGAGCGACAAGGGUUUCAGUUUGAUUCAGGGCCUUCUUUUCACGCUGGACUUUCUAUCAAGCCUUCAAUCAACCCCCUCAAACAGGUGCUCGAUGCCAUAGGAGAGAAGGUGGAAUGCGUGCAAUACAAAAAUUGGAUAGGGUACUUGCCUGAGGGCACAUUCAAGUUUACAGCAAAUAAAGAUGCGUAUGAAGCAGAGAUUCGAAGAGUCGGGGGAGCUAGGGCAGCAUCCGAAUGGCGAGAACUUGAAGACAAGAUGGAGCCCCUAGCUCGUGCAGCCAUGGCCCUUCCUGCUGCCGCUCUAAGACCUGAUCCGGCCGUGGUUUUCACCGCAGGAAGGUUUCUUCCUCAGCUCCUGCCUUUCUUGCCGGCUACAAAGGACAUGCUUUCUCCCUUCUCGGGUAUUGUCAACCAGGUGGUGAAAGAUCCAUUUCUCAAGCAGCUGAUUGACUUGGAAUGCUUUGUGCUGAGUGGCCUCCUAGCUGACAGCACGAUCACCGCUGAAAUGGUGACCAUGUUCAAAGAGCGACACCGUGAGGGUGGGUCUAUUGAUUAUCCUCUAGGAGGAGGGGGAAGCAUCAUCGAAGCCCUUGUUAGAGGCUUGGAAAAGUACGGUGGUCGCUUGCUGCUCAAUACUCACGUCGAUGAGAUUCUUUUAGAAGGGGGGCGUGCUGUAGGCAUUCGCGUGCGGCCAACGAGAGGCACAAACAAGACACCAUACACAAUCCGAGCACCUAAAGCAGUCAUAUCCAACGCAUCAACUUGGGAUACGGCGAAGCUACUUCCCAAUGGCGCCUUGCCCGCGCAGAGCUACAUCAACCGUGCCAACGUCACCGAAAAGACAGACAGUUUUAUGCACCUUCACUUGGGGAUCGACGCCAUGGGACUUCCAUCGGAUUUGGAGUGCCAUCACUUUGUUCUCCACGACUGGAAGCGUGGGGUUGGCGCGCCGCAGAACGUUUGCCUGGUGUCCAUCCCCACGGUGUUCGACCCAUCCUUGGCCCCCGAAGGCUGUCACGUUGUGCACGCCUACACAGCAGGGAAUGAGCCUUACAGCAUCUGGAAAGGAAUGGACAGGAAGAGCCCGGAGUAUGCAGCGUUGAAGGAAGAACGAUCAGAGGUGUUGUGGCAGACACUGGAGAAGGUGAUUCCAGACAUACGAGACCGAGUGAAGCUGAAGCUGGUGGGGACUCCGCUGACCCACGAGCGCUACUUGCGUCGAUCUGAGGGCACAUACGGCCCCGCGAUCAGAGCCGGCAGGGAUACAUUCCCCGGCGCCGCCAGUGAAAUCCCGGGCCUGUUGUGCUGUGGAGACAGCACCAUGCCGGGCAUCGGAGUCCCCGCCGUCGCCGCGUCGGGGAUGAUCACCGCCAACUCUCUGGUCCCUGUUUGGCAGCACUGGGCUCUCCUCGACUCUCUGGACGUCGCCGCGGCGUGACCCACUCCCUGUCGGUGGUGGUGUCCGAACCCCGUCCGUACCGUGUCGGUGAUUUCUGUCGGUGGUUUCAUUGCUGUUGUGCCGGUGUUUCAAGCAAUUCUUGAGGUAUUCCCUCGAAGCUGUGUAAAAGUGAAAUGCAUUAGGUCGGAGAAGAUGUGAUUUAUUAGUAAACGGGAGGUUUUGUAUUGCUUUUUUCUGGUUUUGUAUUGAUUGGCAGAUGAAAAUGGUAUGUAUGUUUUAUGAGAAUUUUUUACAAAAUGCUUUAAAAAACAA